AACUCUCCGCCUUAUUUGACCGAAUCAUCCAAUACUAUCCCACCCGAGUCACCUCGACGCCCACUCAUCUCUCUCCAUCUCUUUCUCUCAUCUGAGUCGCCUCGACGGCUCACCCAUCUCUCUCUCUCUCUCUCUAAAAAUAGAAAACUGAAAAGCAGAGCCCGUAGAGAGUGGGUGCAUAUCACCUUCAAUCAUCCACGUCUCCGCUCAAAUCUCCUCUAACUUCGGCGGAGAUCUCUCUCUCUCUCUCUCUGUCUCUCCUCCGCCAAAAAUCUCACCGAUUCGACUGUUUUUCAUGCGCUAGGGUUUUACACUGCGCAUUGAGCUAACCAGCUCUCAACUGAAAAAAGAACAUGAUGAUAAACAGGGGUCUAUUCGGGUGGUCCCCGCCGCACAUACAACCUCUCACACCGGUCUCCGAGGUCUCCGAGCCGCCCGAAUCCCCGUCACCAUACCUCGACACCAGCGCCGAGCCGGUCCCCAUCGAGGUGGAGGAGGAGAUCGACGACGGGGACGAGAUCGAGCCGCCCCCGGCCGCCGUCCCCUUCUCCAGGCUCUUCGCAUGCGCCGAUCGCCUAGAUUGGGUCCUGAUGGUCGUCGGAUCGCUGGCCGCCGCCGCUCACGGCACCGCGUUGGUGGUCUACUUGCAUUACUUCGCCAAGAUCAUCCAUUUGCUGGUGCACGACCGUCCGGACACGAGGGAUGUUCCGGACACGCGGGAUGUUCUGUUGAGUGACUUCUAUGACCUUACUUUGACCAUUGUCUAUAUUGCCGUGGGUGUUUUUGCCUUUGGGUGGAUAGAGGUUUCAUGCUGGAUUCUUACUGGAGAAAGGCAGACUGCUGUGAUCAGGUCGAAAUAUGUUCAAGUAUUGCUAAAUCAGGACAUGAGUUUUUUUGAUACAUAUGGGAAUAAUGGAGAUAUAGUUAGCCAAGUGUUGAGUGAUGUGCUGCUCAUCCAGUCUGCUCUUAGUGAAAAAGUUGGAAAUUAUAUUCAUAACAUGGCCACCUUCUUUAGUGGCCUUGUCAUUGGAUUUUUCAACUGCUGGCAGAUCGCCCUCAUUACUUUAGCCACUGGUCCAUUUAUUGUUGCUGCGGGAGGAAUAUCAAAUAUAUUUCUCCACAGGCUUGCUGAGAAUAUUCAAGAUGCCUACGCUGAAGCAGCAAGCAUUGCUGAGCAGGCAGUUUCCUAUAUCAGAACGUUGUAUGCAUUUACGAAUGAAACGUUGGCCAAGUACUCUUAUGCAACUUCACUGCAAGCAACACUGAGGUAUGGUAUAUUGAUUAGUCUGGUGCAAGGACUAGGUCUCGGGUUUACAUAUGGGCUUGCAAUCUGUUCUUGUGCCUUACAACUUUGGGUUGGAAGGUUCCUGGUUACUCAUGGGAGAGCCCAUGGGGGUGAAGUUAUAACAGCCCUGUUUGCUGUAAUUUUGAGUGGCCUAGGACUGAAUCAAGCAGCAACAAAUUUCUACUCUUUUGAGCAAGGGAGAAUUGCUGCAUACAGACUCUUUGAGAUGAUAAGCCGUUCAUCCUCUUCUGUUAAUCAUGAUGGGAUUACUCUACCAUCUGUUCAAGGAAACAUUGAAUUCCGGAAUGUAUAUUUCAGCUAUCUCUCACGUCCGGAAAUUCCUAUCUUAAGUGGCUUCUACCUCACUGUGCCUGCUAAAAAGGCAGUGGCGCUUGUUGGCAGAAAUGGCUCGGGAAAAAGCAGUAUUAUACCGCUUAUGGAACGGUUUUAUGAUCCUACAUUAGGAGAAGUUCUUUUGGAUGGAGAGAAUAUAAAGAACCUCAAAUUGGAGUGGCUUAGAAGUCAAAUUGGUUUAGUCACUCAAGAACCUGCACUACUGAGUCUUAGUAUCAGAGACAACAUUGCUUAUGGGAGGUCUGACGCUACUUUGGAUCAGAUUGAGGAAGCUGCUAAAAUAGCUCAUGCACAUACAUUUAUCAGCUCACUUGGGAGAGGCUAUGAGACACAGGUGGGUAGGGCUGGCAUAGCAUUGACAGAAGAGCAGAAAAUUAAACUCUCUGUUGCCAGGGCAGUGCUUUCGAAUCCGUCUAUUCUUCUUCUUGAUGAGGUAACUGGUGGACUUGAUUUUGAAGCGGAAAGAUCUGUUCAGGAGGCUCUAGAUCUCCUCAUGUUAGGCCGAUCUACUAUCAUCAUUGCUCGGCGGCUUAGUCUCAUAAGGAAUGCUGACUAUAUAGCAGUGAUGGAAGAGGGUCAGCUAGUUGAAAUGGGCACACAUGAUGAACUAAUAACCUUGGAUGGCUUAUAUGCAGAGCUCCUCAAAUGUGAAGAAGCAGCAAAACUUCCACGCAGGAUGCCAAUAAGGAACUACAAGGAAACUGCAGCUUUUCAAGUUGAAAAAGAUUCAUCAGCUGGUCAAAGCCUGCAAGAACCAUCAUCUCCUAAAAUGGCCAAAUCACCAUCUCUUCAGAGGGUUUCUGCUGUCCAUGUAUUCCGGCCUCCAGAUGUUGGAUUUAAUUCACAAGAAUCUCCAAGGGUUCGUAGCCCACCUUCGGAACAAAUGGUGGAAAACGGCAUCCCUUUGGUUGUUAUGGAUAAGGAACCAUCUAUAAGAAGGCAGGAUAGUUUUGAAAUGAGACUUCCUGACUUACCCAAAAUUGACGUUCCGUCUGGGAAUAAACAAACAUGCAAUUCUUCUGAUCCUGAAUCUCCUGUCUCACCGCUGUUGACAUCUGAUCCCAAAAAUGAACGCUCUCAUUCACAAACUUUCAGUCGACCACAUAGCCAGUACGAUGACUCACCAGUGAAAACGAAGGAAACAGGGGAUUCACGGCAUCGAAAAGAGCCUUCUCUUUGGAGGCUUGUAGAGCUUAGCUUAGCAGAGUGGCUUUAUGCUGUUUUAGGGAGCACUGGUGCUGCCAUCUUUGGUUCAUUUAAUCCACUCCUUGCCUAUGUGAUUGCACUGGUAGUUACAGCAUACUACAGAGAAGAUCAUCAUCUUCAUCAGGAAGUAAACAAGUGGUGCUUAAUUAUUACAUGUAUGGGUAUUGUGACAGUGGUUGCUAAUUUCCUGCAGCACUUCUACUUUGGUAUAAUGGGGGAGAAGAUGACCGAACGAGUGAGGAGAAUGAUGUUCUCAGCAAUGUUGCGCAAUGAAGUUGGAUGGUUUGAUGAAGAGGAUAACAGUGCUGACACCUUAUCCAUGCGUUUAGCAAAUGAUGCAACAUUUGUGAGAGCUGCUUUUAGCAAUCGACUUUCUAUUUUCAUACAAGACAGUGCGGCUGUUGCGGUUGCUGUUGUUAUCGGGAUGUUUCUACAUUGGCGAUUGGCACUAGUUGCUUUGGCAACGCUACCUAUUCUUACUGUCUCGGCUAUUGCACAGAAGUUAUGGCUUGCUGGGUUCUCUAAGGGCAUACAAGAGAUGCACAGAAAGGCUUCUUUGGUUCUUGAAGAUGCCGUUAGAAACAUUUACACUGUUGUAGCAUUCUGUGCUGGUAACAAGGUUAUGGAGCUCUACAGGUGGCAACUUCACAAGAUAUUCAAGCAGAGCUUCCUUCAAGGGAUGGCUAUUGGUUUCGGAUUUGGCUUUUCACAGUUUCUUCUCUUUGGCUGCAACGCUCUUCUUCUCUGGUACACUCGUUACUCUGUUAAAAACGGCUAUAUGGAUCUGCCUACGGCUCUCAAGGAGUACAUGGUGUUCUCUUUUGCAACAUUUGCACUUGUGGAGCCUUUUGGCUUGGCUCCCUAUAUACUGAAGCGGCGGAAAUCUCUUAUUUCAGUAUUUGAGAUCAUAGACAGAGUGCCCAAGAUUGACCCCGAUGAUAACUCGGCAUUGAAGCCUCCUAAUGUUUAUGGAAGCAUUGAGUUAAAAAAUAUCGACUUCUCAUACCCAACUCGCCCGGAAGUGUUGGUACUGAGUAAUUUUAGUCUGAAAGUCAACGGUGGUCAAACCGUUGCCGUGGUGGGCGUCUCUGGGUCAGGAAAGAGCACUAUAAUAUCUUUGAUAGAGAGAUUCUAUGACCCGGUUGCCGGUCAGGUUUUACUAGAUGGUCGAGAUUUGAAACUUUUCAACUUGAGGUGGUUGAGGAGUCACAUGGGUCUUGUUCAGCAGGAACCCAUUAUCUUCUCAACAACUAUAAGGGAAAACAUCAUCUACGCGAGGCACAACGCCAGUGAAGCGGAGAUGAAGGAGGCAGCAAGAAUAGCAAAUGCCCACCAUUUCAUCAGUAGCCUCCCUCACGGUUAUGAUACGCACGUUGGGAUGAGGGGCGUAGAUCUUACCCCAGGACAGAAGCAGAGAAUUGCAAUCGCUCGUGUGGUGUUGAAAAACGCACCUAUUUUGCUAUUGGACGAGGCGAGUUCAUCGAUCGAGUCUGAGUCUAGCCGAGUGGUGCAGGAGGCUCUUGAUACACUCAUCAUGGGGAAUAAAACGACGAUAUUAAUAGCCCAUAGAGCAGCUAUGAUGAGGCACGUAGACAACAUUGUAGUUCUUAAUGGAGGGCGAAUAGUAGAGGAAGGGUCCCACGAUUCCUUGAUGGCGAAGAAUGGUUUAUAUGUCCGGUUGAUGCAACCACACUUUGGGAAGGGCUUGCGUCAGCAUAGACUCAUAUAGGGCGGUGAUUGGGAUUGGUUGUUAAUUUGUGCUUAGUCCAUAGGAAAUCGACCCGUUUUUUCAAGUUGCCCAUAAUGCUGAGAAUUUCAGGAAAUGUACUGUGGUGAGAUUUUCCGCGAUCAUUGAGAUGAACAAAAAUGAUGAGGGUGAUGAGGGCAUUGUACACUGAUGUUCAUACAGUUGGUUUGGUGGGAUUGAGAAGGAUGGUGUGGCAACGGUGGUUACUUUGGCAAAUCCCGGUGGGUGGGUGGUUCCAGAUUUCAAUUAGUCUAUAAGGGCAAGCUCUCAAAUUUUUAGAUGCAUAUUCUUUUGGAGGCAAGCAUCGUAGAGGUUUGUGCUGUCUCCAUAGAUAUAUUGAUUUGUUAAUUAUAGAGUGGAAUGCAGGUAGGUGUAGUUUCUCUCUUUAAGUAAGUGGUGUGUACUUUUUCUUGUUUGCAUGUAUGUGGUGGAUCGAUCUCUCUUGAAGGGGUCAAUCUCACUAAUUUUUCUGGUGUACAUCUUUCUUCCAUCUGCGCAACUACAGAAGCUUUAACCAGAGGAUAAAGUGAAGGGAUUUGUUGGAACUCUUUUGUAUAGAAGGAUCAGAUAAUUUGCUUGCUAAUUUAUUUAUGAUUUCCAUG